AACCCCCUCCCUCGGCUACAGGGCUGGGGGAAAUAAAGACCGAGGGGAGACAGAGGGGGCCAAAGAUCGCGUAGGGUUCGCAAGAUAUGGCUCCCACUAUGUAUUCCUCUACGACAGAAAUGGUGGAGCGGAAGGUGCUGGAGAUGGCCCAGCAUGCUUCUUUUCAUCAGCACGUGUCGUACAACUUGAGCACAAUUCUCCACGCUUUCUCGGCAGGGAAAACCGACCCCACGGAGAUCGCCCAAGCGUUCAGCCGUGCCAGGGGGCUUGAGGUCAUCACCCGGGUGAUAUCAGGAGAACCUAUGGCGAAGCCGUCAGUCCUCAGCCUCUGCUGCCGAACGGCCGUCUGGGUGGUGGAUAAGUUCGGGUCGGGGGUUUCCCAUUCGCAAGGAAGUGGCCUCGUGGAGGCCCUCGUCGGCCGCCUGGACCGUGGAGUUUCUGGUGACGACGCGCAAACCGUCGAGUGCCAAGUGGAGUGCGCGCGUUUGAUAUCCUCGCUGGCCGGGAAAGCAGCCUCUCUGCUGAUCGACGGCGGGGCUCUUGGAGCGAUCGAGGGCAUGCUCGAGCAACUCGGUGGGAACCAUAGCUCCAUCAUGCGGCCGUGCUGCGAGGCCUUGGAGCGCGUCAGCCGAACAGAAGAGGGGAGAGCUACGUGCGAGGAGAGGGGGACCGGCGGAGUUCUUCUCGCUACCAUCAGAGAUUUCCCGGAGGCGCUAGAAGAAGGGUCGGACGUAGCUCUAGCUUCCGCCCUAAAGGUCGUGGAGAGGAUUUUCACCGGCAAGUCCCCGGAAGCGUGUGCUCUUUCGCUCCGUGCUAAGUCAGAGGAGGAGUCCUGCGACGACCCCCACCGCCCCACCUUCAGCGACUACGACAACUGCGUGGAGACGGUGUUGACUGUUGUGGAAGCAACACCCGAGGCACCUGGUGCGGCGGCCGCGACUUGUUUAUGGUGGCUGUCCGGCGCGAGCAGCAAGGCUCCCGAUCGGGCGCUGUCCGCGAUUCUGGCGGCAGCUGCGGUGGCCAAUGGCACGGAGGCAACCACCGAGGCAAGGGAAGCGGAGAAAGCAGCCGCUCAGUCGCUGGUAUCGGCGGAUGUUUGGUCCUGGUUCUCUCGAGGGGAGGGCGGGGCAGGAGACGUACAAGAGGAGGGUGAGAAUGUUCCACCGGCGAGGCCCGUCGAAGGCGCCCGCUUUCUCGCGGCGCUGUGCCUGUGCCGCCCGGGACUCGAAUGCCUCGAGGCUGCGGUAGAGAGGGAGUCGCCAAGACGCGUGGCAGAGGCGCUCGUGACGUUGUGCGAGUCCGCGGACCCUCUCCUGGCCCGAGCCUGCUUCCGCAUUAUCGAGAGGCUGGCGAAAGGGGGCACCGGGCCGCAGGUAUUCGUGGACGCUGGGGCACUGGCGGCGGCGGCCGAGGCCGGGGCGCUGUUCGAGGCGGAAGAAGAUGCGGAGACGGUGGAGGAUGCCGAGGCCCACGCGAUUGCUGCCGCGCUGGGGGCUGUUGCGACUCUGGCGGAGGCCGGCGGUAAAGACGCCCGGCCGGUGGUUGACGACGCGUUCCAGCUGUCCGUGAGGUGCCUCGCGAGAGUCGGGGAGUACUCGGGGCGACCAGCCGCCGCUGCAGCGAAGUCGGCCCUGGAUGUUAUCACGGUUCGACUGACUCGGUCUGAUCGGCCGAAGGGCGCUGCGGGUGUUCGCGGCGGUGGUGCCGCUGCCGGCCCCGCACCGGUAGCUGAGGGCGCCUUUGUUGAAAACGUCGAAGGCGGCGGCGACACUGACGAGGCUGUCUCGGGGGCACCUUGGGACGCCGAUGUCGAAGAUGCUGCCGAAGAUGUAGACACGCCGAUGGAAAUCCUUAAGGACGCGGGGGCUAUUAUGGCCGUCAUGAAGGCGCACCCUACAGACGCUCGGGUGCAGCAGUCCGGGUGGAGAUCGUUGAUCGCGAUGGACACGGGGAGGGGGGACGUGGAGAAGUUUUGGACUGGCGUCGGAGACGGGCAGCAGAGCAGGCGGCAGAUGCUGAGGGACUGCCUGGAGAGACACGGCGGAGACAGCUUGGUAGCCGGACAGGUGGCGGACAUCUUGGAGGGGUUGGUGCUUCAAGGGGACUCGGACGGGGACGGUAGCAGCUUGACCGCCUCGCUGUCCGAUGCACCCGGCGAAGAGUCUCCCCGCCUGCCGAGCGAUCACGAAGAGGCCGAGGGGGGCGACGAGGAUGACGCGUCGGAACACGUCAAGAGCGGGGUAGGCGGCGAAGCUUCUCCCGGCGAGAGCGGUCCUCCGAAGGAAGAUCAAAACGCGGCUGAAGAAGAAGGCUCUCAGGACAACACCAAACACUCAACAGAUUCAGCACACCCGCAAGGGGUGGAACAGGUCGUCAACAGAGAAGACCAAGACAGGGACGGCGGCCUAGAGGUCGCCGGAGACAAGGGAGACGUGCCGGAGGAUAAGGGAGCGGAAGUCGGGGGUGUAGAUGAGGCUACCCCCGUGGCAGAAGCAUCUGAAGGUACUGGCAACGCUGAUGUCGGCAGCGAUCCUUUGGGCGACGCCGAAGGAAAGAGCGAGACCUUGUUGCCGGAAGACGUCUUGAUGGAGAUCGGCCUGAUGGGCACGGAGACUCUCGAGGGAGGGGGCUCCUCUGGGUCGUGGGACAGUGCUCGCACCGCCCCUGUUGUGGCACCGGUGGCAGAAGAAGCCGUGACUGGCGAAGGUAGUACGACGAGACCGAAUGUGGUGCGUUCCCUGUUCGGGUCGAACGGUCAUGCCAACGACGAGAACAGCGCGGCUGGUGACACGGUGGAGGCAGAGAAACCAGAGGCAAAGGCAGACUGCAGCUUAAACGCUUCGGUGGUAAUGCCAUCGAAGGAAGAGCUCGAGCUACGGAUGAGCUGGGCCAAGCUCGAAAAGCUCCAUAGCGGCAUUGUCGGGCGCUCCCAGAUCCUGGGAGGGGAGAGCGCGCAAAUGGCGGCCGCGAUGGCUGAGCCUCGCGUGCUGAAGGAGAGAGUUGGCGCUCUGCUAGAAGAGACGGAAAUUGGUGAUUCGAGGGACGCGUUCGCGGCUGCGUCGUUGGCGCUGGUAGGAGCGCUGACGGCGGCAACAGGGGCCCUGAACACCUCCCAGAAGGAGGUUCAGAGGUACUUAGCCAUGUCUCGUGAUCUCCGCGUAACGUCAACGUGGACCGACAUAUCUGAAGCAAUGCAGUGGACGAUGGACUCGUUGAAGGGCACGGUUAUUCUCUUCACCCCUCACACGGCGGGCGGCCUCAUCAAGGCGUUAGGCCUCUGCAAAAGCAUGGAUUCAGCCCUCAAGCUGUUCAAGGAAGCGGCCCUGCAGAUUAAGAUCAUCGUGGUCGAGCUGGCAGGAGAGCACGAGCCCAACACGGUUUGGAGGGUCAACCAGUCGUUGUUCAAGGGCCUCCCGGAGAACCGCAAAGUGAUGACGCUGAGGCACCUGAGGAGCUUGGUGGUGGCGUACGACCAUCUGAGCGAUGAGAUGAGGAGAGACCUGACGACCGCGCUCGAAAUCAUCAAGAACAGGGAGGUUUUGAACAUGAUGGGUAAGUACUGCAUCCAGGCGGAAGCGGCAGAGGAGAAGAGAAGGGAAGCGAAACUCGCCACCGCUGAGGAGAGACUCAAAGUCGGACGACGUCCCUCAGGAACACGCCAAGGCAUCACCCCCGGAAGGCGUUCGCCACCCAUGGGCAUCCGCGCCUCCUUCUCCGAACCUUCCCCGCCAUCCCUAGCCAGGGGGACCCUCGGCACCCCCACACACACCACGCCGGUGCGCAGCAACGGCGCGGCCGAAUCCCCGGGCAGCGGCAGCAGCAACGGUGGCAACAACGUGGGCGGUAGGGCGUCGCCUCCGUUAGGAAGCGGCAGCCGUAAGGCGCCGCUCAGUACCCCGAGGUCCGGUCGGUCGACGGCCACUCCCACUGGGUGCGUCGGCGGUUCGAGGAUACCGAAGGGCGUGGCGUCUCACUCUCGGCGGCGGGAAUCGUUUGCUGUCGAGGCAGAGGCUGCGUCGUCUGCUAUGGAAGAUCGCCGCUCGAGAUCUCCCACCUUUAAGCGCCGAUCCGCGGGCGGGAGGUCCAAGUCCCCGGUGACCGCUAGGGUGGGGAACACCAGGCGGGUGUCGAGGUCUCUCACGCCGAGGUAGAAACUCCUCCACCGUCUGCAGCAGCGUGUGGCCAUGCUGAUACCACCCGACUUUUUCUGGCACAUGCUGAACUCGUGGUUGUGAUUUUAUAAGAGUAUUGUGUACGAAGAUUUCUCGGAGGCUUUUUCGCGCCAGUGCUACUGCUGGAGGUCUGGACCGAAGAGGGUGUCGUUUUGUACUGUACAUGAGAGGCUGGAGGUUUUGAUUUCAAGUGUCGCUUGGAUCGUGGCCACGGCUCUCUGCCUGUUUGAGGGAGAGCCUUUUGAAGGAGCUGCAGCGUGCAUGUGCCAAGCGAGACUGGCGUUGGGUUUGACUUUUCCGCCUUUUUGCCGGCAAUCAACGCCGUGCGCGGGGCAGGCAGGGUACAUGUGGGUCAUGAUGGAUACCGGUCGAAAAUAUGUGCGCGUCCGAUCGCACGACUGAGUCGUACGUGUUGAAUGUUUUUGAUCUCUCUCUCAAGGUAGCGCGAGGUUCAGCCUCUGUUCCAGGAACGGAAUGGUCAGUUCAUUGUCCAUGUCAUAAUAAUACCGGGGAACCGAAGUCAUGUAGGGGUGCUAUACUCGCGAGGUUGUCCCAUGUAGUGUGUACGGUUUUCCUGUGCUUGGGUUGUUUCGACGAAGAGGCGAGCACCUUAGCGGCGCUGGGGGUAAUGGUGUGUGGUUGGAAGCAGCUUAGAAACUAGGUUGUGCGUUUUGGAUGGGUUUUCGAAGCGGUCCUUUUUUGGAUAUCGUUGUCUUCGGUUUUGAUAAGGCAUUGGCAGACAGUCGGUGUUCGGCGGCACUUCACAUCUCUCUCUCUUUUGGUUGUGUGUUUCUGUGUCUUGUGUCGUGUUUGUUGUCAGAGAUAUCUGACGAUGAACGCGCGCAUUUGAGGUGGUGAACCUCGCAAAGGAGCAAGCAACCCACAUCGCUGGGUGCGGUAGGGGCAGUCUGGGCGCCUCUGUUGAGUUCAUUUGAUUGCGGCAAUAAGGGCGGCAGCAGUGUUUUUACGAGAUGGCAUCGUACUGCACUCGUUCUGCCGCGGUUGUUUGUGUGUGUGUUGACGCGUUCAUUUACAAUGUGUGUUGCUGUGUUGUCGUAGAUUAGAAGCAUGCGUGGCGCUAUUCCUGUUAGGUUUCCCCCCGCGCGAUAUUGAUUUAGUAAGGGUUGGGUGGGUAUCACUGCGGAUGGCGCGGAUUUUGGAAAUCAGGUCCUUCCGGUUUAGUUUGGGUGAGACACGCAGAAGAUUAUUAUUCGUUGUUUGGUGUCGCUGAACAUGCUUUGUCGGUGGGUAUCCAGGUCAGCACAGCACUGAAGAGUUCGCCAUACAACGUUGAAAUUAUUCGGAUUUAUAUUGUUACAUAAUUGCGGUACACAUGUUUUAUUUCGGUUUCAGGAGGAGGACGUCGAGAAGUGAUCCGAUUCGAGUGCCUUGUCGCCGCGGCAUGAUUCUCGUUGUUUUGUUGUGAACGCUCAAGUUCAACAAGUAGUGUAGUUGCUCAGGCGAUAUUUAUUAGGUGGCGAUUGGCUGUCUUUUGAAACUACAGGUAAUUGAAAGGCCGUCUGUUCCAAUCCGUGUCAUGUACUUCACUCGGUAGCAUUUGUUUCAUAUUCCUUAGAAGGGCAAUGGAUUUGAUCCAUCACUUUGGUGUGCUCGCUCUCGCUCGAAGAUGAU